CCGUAUUUCUCGAUACACUCGCUUUCAAUCUGAGCUUUUCUUUAGAGGCCUAGAGAAGAGGCUCUCGUGUUUCAGACUUGUUCUUGGACUGAGCGCCGAUGGCGUUGCACAUUUGGAGGACUGUACCUCGAGCGCGCCUACUAAGUCCAGCUGUAUGGGCUCGUGGAGUAAGAUGCAUUUCGACUGACAGGAGAAAUCGACUGUCAAAAUUCUGGACCCCAACUGGCGGGUUGAACCCACAAGAUGCAGAGCAAGAUGAAUCACAUGCACUACUCUUGCGUGGUGGCUAUCUCCGACAAGCUCACUCUGGUGUCUUCCAUCUUCUUCCCCUAGGAUUGCGUGUACAGAACAAGUUAGAAACCCUCAUCGACAAGCACAUGGAAUCAAUUGGCGCUUCAAAAACAUCACUAUCUUCGAUUACCACAGAAGAACUAUGGAAACAAUCAGGGCGUUACUCUGCCAAUUCAGAACUCCUACGACUCAAGGACCGCAAAGACUCUGGUUUCUUACUAUCGCCCACCCAUGAAGAGGAAAUCACAGUACUAGUAGCCUCAAUGGUCCACUCCUACAAAGACCUUCCCCUCAGACUCUACCAAACAGGCCGCAAGUACCGCGACGAACGAAGACCACGCCAGGGUCUUCUGCGUGCAAAAGAGUUCAUGAUGAAGGAUCUCUACACAUUCGACUCCACGGUCGAAGCCGGACUGGAAACCUACAAAUCCGUUCGUCAAGCUUACGAGAACCUCUUCGAUGAACUCAAACUGCCUUAUCUUGUCGCAGACGCUGACUCAGGCAAUAUGGGCGGAAAGCUCAGCCACGAGUACCACUUCGUCUCACCAAAAGGCGAAGACAACGUCUGGUCCUGCUCCUCAUGCUCUUACGUCGCCAACGAGGAGCUGGUCGAGAAGAAGACCCCAGAAGUACCACCAGAGGUCAAGACAUCGUCUUUCACAUUCACCGGCAUCAGCGUAGACCGCAAGACCGCCAUCUCAAUCCACAUUCCGGGACCUUCAGACCUCGCGCCCAACACCAGCCCAAGCUGGGACCAGAUCUCAGAGUUCACCAACCUGCACGCCCUAAAGAAAGCCACCCCAGACUCCAUCGAAAUAGACACCGGCAUCGAAUCCUCAACCCUCUCCUCCCUCCUCCCCAACACUACAUCGAGCAUCACAAUCACCGACCGUACCCUUUCCCCCUCCCCAGACGCGUACGACCUAACCAUCACCCGCUCAGGCGACGCCUGCCCGCACUGCCCCACCGGUACCCUCAGCGUCCAGAAAGCCAUCGAAGUCGGCCAUACAUUCCACCUCGGCGUGCGGUACUCCGAGCCCUUAAACGCGUAUGUUUCUGCUCCAUCGGAUAGCAAGGGUACGAAACGGGUCCCCAUGCAAAUGGGCUGCCACGGCAUCGGCGUCUCGCGCCUAAUCGGGGCCGUCGCGUCCCUCCUCUCUGACAGCAAAGGUCUGCAGUGGCCAAGGGCCAUUGCGCCGUUCGAGGUCGCUGUGUUGGCGACCCCUCAAACUGAUACCGGUGACGCGACUGAGGUAUACGACACCAUCGUUGGAGAAGGGAAUAAGAGGGAUGGGGUCGAUGCGGUAUUGGACGACAGGCCUAUCAAGAGUUUGGGGUGGAAGUUGAAGGAUGCGGAUUUGAUUGGGUAUCCGGUUAUCGUUGUUAUGGGGCGAGCGUGGAAGGACAAGAAGGAGGUGGAGGUUCAGUGUCGGCGAUUGGGGUUCAGGAAGGAUGUUCCACUUGCGGAAUUGAAGAGCGAAGUUGAAGGGUUGUUGAAGCAACUGUGAAAUAUCAUGUGUUGUGUAUCGUCAUGUGCGAAGAUCAGCAAAGCGUGUUAGGGUAGUAUGUAUGAAUACAGAACAAGGAACCAAUGUAUAGUAAUUUUACGUUUCGAUUCAUUUUAUAUCUGAACUCGUAUCGUAUCGAAAUCCACGGGUAUCAUGAGGGACAUUAUCCCAAAUAUGCACAAAGCACCGACUCGUCUCAAGGUAGCUGAAACUAGACCGAAGAGCGAGGUAGAAGCUGUCAGGCUGAAAGAGCUGCCAAGCUAAAAGGUUGGAAGAAAAGACAAUACUGCGAUAAAAGUUCGAACCGCCGGCGC